GCGCGUAGGUGCUCGCCGAUAGAUUGCGCAUGCGUAUGCAGAACGUAGGACCACGUGAGUAGGCGCGGAGAUGAGCCGGAAGUCUCCCAUUUGGGAGCACUUUGAGGUAGCUGAGGACACAAGAUUCGGCUAUCGGUUAUCGGCAGAUAUAGGCAUAUCGGUACCGUAUGGGAAUCGGUAAAUUGCGCGUAGGUGCUCGCCGAUAGAUUGCGCAUGCGUAUGCAGAACGGUACUGUAGAACCACGUGAGUAGCCUGCAUGUCGGCGGAGACGAGACGGAAGUCUCCCAUUUGGGAGUACUUUGAGGUAACUGAGGACGCAAGAUUCGCUCGCUGCAAGGCUUGCAAGAUGAAGAUAUCACGCGGUGGACAGACGACAAAAACCUUCAACACCACAAAUCUCCAGCAUCACUUGAGAACUCGACACCAAGAUAGGAGUGCGGCAUACGAAAGGGCCAUAGAGGAGGAGAAGGUGAAGGCUAAAGACCGAAAGCAAACCAAGGCAUAUGCGUGCUUUCUCCAGCAGUCGUUGCUGGACGUACGGAAAUGGGACAUCAAUAAUUCACGCGCACAACGAGUGCAUCAAUUAAUCGCUGAAAUGAUUGCCCUUGACUCACAGCCCCUGUCAAUAGUGAAUGAUGUCGGGUUUACUCGUCUGCUACGUGAGCUUGAGCCGAGGUAUUCUCUUCCUAGUAGAAGAUACAUAACUGAGACAGUUCUGCCUAAGGUCUAUGAAGAAGUGAGGAGUGGAGUCAGGAAACAGGUGGAUGGAGUGUCUUUCUUCAGUUUUACCACAGAUGGAUGGACUUCUGAUGAUGGUAUUGCAAACUUCCUUAGUCUUACUGCUCACUACCGAUGAUUUUGAAAGAAAAUCUGCUAUCCUUCAUGUCCUUCCACUGGAAGAGGCUCACACUGGUGAAUACUUGUGUCAUACUUUCCUGCAAAUGUUGGACGGUUGGAACAUAAAGAAGAACCAAGUCCACUUGGUGCUGCGAGACAAUGCUGCUAACAUGGUCAAGGGAAUGAGAGAAGCAUGUGUUCCAUCUUAUGGCUGCUUUGCCCAUACACUACAGUUAGUCAUUGGGGAUGGACUGUUGUUUCAAAAAGUAGUUAAAGAUCUGCUUGCCGUCUGCCACAGAAUUGUUAGUCACUUUAAACAUUCAUCACUUGCCCAUUCACGUCUGCAAAAGAUUCAAGCUAGUCUCGGAUUACCUCAGCACCGCCUACCACAAGAUGUAUCAACCA